GUGGUUCUUAUUAUGAUUUGUUAAUCGAAUCAGCAUUUUUUAUGCUGAUUUUUUUCAAGAAAAAUUGAGUAUAUAAGUUCUUGGGUGAUACGUUAUGGUUAUAUUGUUGCUUUUGUGGUUCAAUAGAUAACUUGUAUCAUCAUGAUCGCUAAGGUAAUUAUCGCAGCAGCUCUUGUAGCUGUGUCAUUGGCUCAACAUUAUGGAUACCCAGAACCAGCCCAUCAUCAUGAGGAAGAAAAGUACCCUCCCCAACCAUACGAAUACGGUUAUGAAACCAAUGAUGAUUAUGGCACCACCACCUUCAGAAAAGAGACUUCUGAUGGAAAAGGCAAGGUUGAAGGCAGCUACGGAUACAAGGACCUCCAUGGAAUUGAACGAAUUGUAGAAUACGUCGCUGAUGAGCAUGGUUACAGAGCCCAGAUCAAAACUAACGAACCAGGAACUGAAGCACAAAACCCCGCUGAUGUUGAACUCGAUGCCAAACCCAUAAUUGUUGAAGAGCCACCCAAGUACGCAGCCCCUGCAUACUCUGCACCUCAACCACAUUACUACCCAGAACCCGAACACUACGAACCACGAGUUCCCCACUACCCACGAUAUUAAGUACUACUUAAGGGGUUUCUCACGGCAGCUGAAGUACCUGAUAUUUUCUGUCUUUAGCCCUUCAUGCUCUCCCUGCCUUUUCUUUAUUCUCUAUAAAGAUUUUCUGAGGUUUUAGAAGUAUGGAUUUUAUGGGUGGUGUACUGCUCUUCGUCUUCUAUUGCUCUAUGCUUUCCUUUUCCGUUUUCGAAAAUAUUUCCUUGAGGUGAUGCAUUUCUUGUCUGCAAACUCCAUGCUCUACUCUCUUUUUUUAUUUAUUUCACAACUCCCCAGAAGAAAUCAGCAAAUUUUUGUUAUGAUGAACUGUAUUUAAUGUGAGCAGUGUGUUUUGUUUGUUUUGUAUUAUUUAUUUUUGUGUGUUACGCAAAUAUCGAAUUAAUGUAAAUGUCAAAAAUAAAUUUUUUUAUGUAACGUUUAAA